AUGAGUAAGGUGGUGGUGGUGGUUUCUUUCUUUGUUUCCAGAGAGAUUUUAGAUUGUGUUAGGGGAGAGUGUGGUUUGGUGAUUCAUAGUCGCGAAACAGGAAUUACACCUUGUGAGAUCAAUCUCAAUUUUCGGACGAUUACGAUGCAACAAGAUCCGCGCAGAAAGAAUCCAAAAGAGGUUGAAUUCUUCACGGAGUAUGGCGAAUCAAAUCGAUACAAAAUCUUGGAGAUCAUAGGGAAGGGAAGUUACGGAGUCGUUUGUUCAGCUAUCGACACACACACCGGGGAAAAGGUUGCAAUCAAGAAAAUAACCGACAUUUUUGAUCAUGCAUCCGAUGCUAUUCGAAUUCUGCGUGAAAUCAAAUUGCUAAGGCUUUUAAGGCAUCCUGAUAUUGUUGAAAUCAAACGGAUCAUGUUACCACCAUCAAGACGAGCCUUUAAAGAUAUUUAUGUAGUAUUUGAACUCAUGGAAUCCGAUCUUCACCAAGUUAUAAAGGCCAAUGAUGACUUGACACAUGAACACCAUCGUUUUUUCCUCUAUCAAAUGCUACGCGCUUUGAAGUAUAUGCAUACAGCAAAUGUUUAUCAUCGAGAUCUUAAACCGAAGAACAUAUUAGCAAAUGCAAAUUGUAAGCUCAAAAUAUGCGAUUUUGGAUUAGCUAGAGUCGCAUUUAAUGAUGCCCCACAAGCCGUUCUUUGGACAGAUUACGUGGCAACAAGAUGGUAUAGAGCACCUGAGCUAUGUGGAUCAUUUUCUUCAAAGUAUACUCCAGCUAUUGAUAUAUGGAGCAUAGGGUGUAUUUUUGCAGAAGUAUUGACUGGAAAACCGCUUUUCCCUGGUAAAAGUGUUGUUCAUCAGUUGGAAUUAAUAACCGAUCUUCUCGGGACACCAUCAGCAGAUACAAUUUCUGGAGUUCGUAAUGACAAGGCAAGAAAGUACUUAAUGGACAUGCGUAAAAAGCAACCCGUUCCAUUUUCACAAAAAUUCAUAAACAUCGACCCUUUAGCCCUUCGCCUCUUACAAAGAAUGUUAGCAUUUGAUCCAAAAGAUCGCCCAACUGCCGAAGAGGCUUUAGCGGAUACGUAUUUCAAGGGGUUGGCUAAAUUGGAACGUGAGCCUUCGUGUCAAUCAAUCUCAAAGAUGGAGUUUGAAUUUGAGAGGCGAAGGGUUACAAAAGAGGACAUUCGGGAAUUAAUAUUUCGAGAAAUUCUUGAGUAUCAUCCUCAAUUGCUAAAAGAUUAUAUGGCGGGAAAUGAAAACACAAAUUUUCAUUAUCCAAGUGCUAUCGGUCAAUUUCGUAGGCAAUUCGCGUAUUUAGAGGAAAACGGCGGGAAAAGUGGGCCCGCUAUGCCUCUAGACCGAAAACACACAUCCCUACCAAGAUCUUCGGUUAAUUCAAGCAUGAUUGCUUCUAGACCGCAACAAAACACAGUGUCAUUUGACAAUAGACGAGUAAUAGAUAACACAAUCACUAGCACUAGCAGUAGAGUAACCGAUACUCCCGGAAACGUGCCACCUUACAAGGCGGCCGCCGCCACUACUCGGCCGCCACCCAAGAUGCCAACGCCCACCAUCGGUAAUCAAGGAAGAGCGAUAGGGCCGGUGGUAGCUUAUGAAGAAGUGUACGACCCGCGUGUCAUGGUUAAAAAUACGGUUGCACCACAAUAUGUAUAUAUGACAACAAACGGGCCGGAACCCGUUAGGGACCCGAUGGGUCCAAGCCCACACCCAUACCAACAACCAAAAUUGAGUGGGGGGAUUGUGAUUGACCUAAAUAGUAACCCGUAUUACACCCAACCACCACAUGGGCACCAUGUGGUGCACACACAUGGACACGAGGUGCACCCUCAGGGUCAAACACAGUUCGGUCAUGUAACCGCUAAUGCGGCUCAUACUGUUGUUCAAAUCGGACUUUCUUGAAACAUGUUUUAUAUUCGGGUCAAGUCGGGUCGGGUUGGGUUAUGGUAACUUUGGAAAUGGUGUUUAGUUGCUAGUUUCUUGUCUUGUAAAUGAUGAACUCCUUUUAGUGAUGAAAAAUGAAAGAGUGG